AUUUUCUUUGAUCACAAUUCUUCUUUCCUUUUCCUUUUCCUUUCUUCUUUUGUCUUCCCCUUAGUUCCCAUGAUUCCUACUUACAGAAAUUCUUCUUCUUCUUCUCCUUCAUUUCCUUUUGAACUUAAUGAUAAUAAUAAUAAAGUUCAUGAUCUAAGUCAUAUUAAUCCUCUUGUAAGCCCUAGCUAUCAAGUUGCUUCGUCAUCUUCUUACUCGUCAUGCCAAACUUUUUUCAAUAAUUCAUCUACUAAUCAAGAUCAAACGAGAUAUUAUCAUUCUCAAUUUUACCAGCCACAACACCAACCCGAGGUUGAUAAUUUUGCUUCAAGAAGUGGAUCACAUGAUCAUCUAGAGAAGAAAAACAAGGGACUCAAAUUAACCUUGUGGAAAAAAGGAGAUAAGUUGAUGCAAAAGAUGAAAAAUUCAGACCAUUCACAUAUCAAAUUGAAGUUAGAAGAUCAGAAGAAGCAACAAUCAUCUCCUAAUUUGGAAACUGAUUACAGCAGCAACAGCUCUUCCAACAACAGUAAUAACAACAAUAUUCCAAUUAGGGCUUGUUCUGAUUGUAACACUACUAAGACCCCUCUUUGGAGAAGUGGUCCUAAAGGCCCUAAGUCACUUUGUAACGCAUGUGGAAUUCGACAAAGGAAAGCAAGGAGAGCCAUGGCAGCAGCAGCAGCUGCUGCAGCUGCAGCAAAUGGGACAAAUUUCACGACUGAAACAUCAACAACAACAGCAACAGCAAUGAAGAUAAAAGUGCAACAGAAACAGAAGAUAACUACAAAAGUGAAUAAGAAUCAUGUUGUACCCUUCAAGAAAAGGUGCAAAUUCAUAACAUCUACUACUACUGCUGCUGUUGGAUCAUCUUCAUCUACUAUUAAUAAUGCACAAAAGAAGCUUUGUUUCGAGGAUUUCUUCGUCAACUUGAGCAACAAUUUGGCGUUACAUCGCGUUUUUCCACAGGAUGAGAAGGAAGCUGCAAUUUUGCUAAUGGCAUUAUCUAGUGGCCUUGUUCAUGGUUGAGUAGUAUUUAAAUUAGGGUUAUCAUUAAAUUUCUUGAGUUAAUUAAAGGGAUUAGCACCAAAUUAGUAGUGUGAAAUUGAGUUUGAGAUCAUAAUGAUAGCUAGAAUAAUAUUAGUGAGAGUGAGAGUUGUAGCCUGUAAGUCAAGCUACGUACGAAAAUUUUAAUAAGAAAUUAAGUAGUACUAGUAAGUUUGAUCUGUGUGGUGGUGAUCUUUGUAAGCUUAUAAUGAUAGUUUUUGAGCAAGAUGAUAACAAGAACAUUUAUCACUUGUUCAUCUAUCUACUUGUGUGAUUGAUUUUCAA